AUGUAUAUGAAUAGUGAAUGUAUUAGUCUUUUUAUUCAUAUUGAUAAUACACUUUAUUGUUCUAUUCAAAAUGGCCAUCAAGUAGUUAAAAUGUCACUUAAUAGUAAUGAUAGUACAUUUAUGACUGUCGCAGGUACAGGUUGUGCUGGUUCAACAUCAGAUAUGCUUGAUCAACCUUUUGGAAUAUAUGUCAAUAUCAAUUUUGAUUUGUAUGUGGCAGAUACUGGAAAUAAUAGAGUUCAAUUAUUUUAUGAUGGAGAAAUGAAUGGUAGAACAGUAGCUGGAGAAACAUUAGGAAAACGUUUUGCUCUUAAUAAACCAACAAGUGUUAUUCUCGAUGCUGAUGAUAAUUUAUUUAUUGUGGAUAGUGGUAAUCAACGUAUCAUUCGAUUAGGAUCUGAUGGAUUUCGAU